UCAUGGCGUUUGACUUUUGACAGCCAUUUCUUGUGUUUUAUUUGUUGCCAAAGUAUUUUAGAUUUAAUACAUUAUUAUCAUUUAAUAUAAGUAGUAGUGUGAUAAACUUUAUAUACCACACUAUGGAGGAAAUUGUCGUUAAAAUAGAACCAGUUGACGAAUCUAAAGGUGAUAUUUCAAGUGCUGAACUAGAAACACCUUCAACCUCUGGAAAAGCAAUAAAACAAGAAAUCAAAGAAGAAUUGGAUGAUGACAGCUUCGUAGUAUAUGUGAAAGAAGAAUUGGAAACACCCACAGAGGUCGAAAUUGAGUUUCAAGUCAAAGAUGAAAUUUUUCUUGACAAAGGAUCCAAUGAUGGUGAUGAAGAUUUUUCUUGCAAAAUUAGGGAAGAUGAUAAAAUUGGACACAAUUUUGACUGUGUCUACAAGUGUGUUCAUUGUUCAAUUCAAUUUUUUAACAGAGACUUGUAUUUAAGACACGAAAAGUUGUGUUUAAAGCCAAAAGUUGACAAGGAAAAGUUUUUUAAAUGUGAUAUUUGUCUUGAGAAAUACCAAACAAGGGCAGAUUUAUUUAAACAUAAAAAGUAUGAGCACUUGAAAAUUCAUGACAACCAAAAUCAUGUAGAAGAAAAUUGCGUAAAUACAUCAAGUGAAAUACAUACAUGCAAGAAGUGUUCAUUUUCAACCAUUAAUAAAUCAACUUAUAACACUCACAUGGCGGUAUGUCCAAAAUUAAAAAAAGUCAAAUGGCAUAAAUGUGAUCUUUGCCCAUAUAGAAGUUUUAUUAAAGGUAGUUUAAUAAGGCACACAAAAACUCACAGCAAAAUAAAAGAUUUGAAGUGUUCAUUCUGUAACUAUUACAGUAACGAAAAAAUAAGUUUAGACAACCAUGUUUUAAGUAAACAUUUAGAUUGUUUGAAUGAUUCUAAUAGAAGUAUUAUUACUUCCAAAGUACAUGCUUGUCAGUACUGCAAUUAUAAAACUGCUCAAAUAAGUAAUUUUAAAUCCCAUCUAAAAAAUAAUCAUUUAUUUUAAAACACUUGCAUGACUUCAAUAAGCUCAUUAUACAUUUAUUAAAAUAAAACUUUAUUUGUCUAUAGAUUUUGUUUUAUUACAUAUAUUUUUCAUGACUUAUAAAAUACAAUUUUGACAUUUUUGGUUUGUUUUAUGGCUAAUAUAAAGUAUAAAAAUAACUUUAACAACUAUAUGGGCUCAUUCCACUUAAAUUUUAAUAGGAAUAUUUUUAAUUUGUAAAAUG